AUGGACAAGAAGGACACAUCUCGACUCAGCGAGAACCGCGAACUCCCGGGAAAACCUGAACCGCACAUACCCGCCCCCGCAGCACGUCCCACAGCACCUCCCACCGCCCCUUCGUCCCGCCCGCCCUCCGCUCGCGGGGCAGCUGCGCACGCGCGGAGACACUCCCGCCCCUCGUCCCAUUGGCCGGCACCCCAUUGGCUCCCCGCGCGCCCCGCCUCGCGCGCCCCGCCCCGCCCGCUGCCAAUCCCGCGCAGGCGCAGUCGCGGCCGUUUCGGGAAGGUUCUGUGUGGCUCCGGCCCGCGCCGGCUCCGCCCGGGGGAUCCUGUCCGGUGCCCACUUUCACCGCUGCCUCCUGCUCUGCCUGCUCCUGCUUUCAGCAUGGUAAAGAAGAAUACUAUCCCUGAUGGAUGGAGGAGUUUGACACCAGUUGGACAACCUAUACCAGGAACGAGAUUUAUUGCAUUCAAAGUACCUUUAAAGGGGGCAAUUAACCAGAGGCUCACCCCAACCCAGAAAUUUACACCAAAAGACUUAAUUGCUGCAAUGAAAGCCCUAAAUGUGGAGCUUGGAUUAAUUAUUGAUUUAACAUAUACCACCCGAUACUAUGAAGUUAAGGAUUUACCUAAAAGUGUGCAGUAUAAGAAACUUUAUACUGUUGGACUUGAAGUCCCUGAUAAUGCUACUAUUCUACAGUUCAAAAAAUGGGUCAGAAAAUUCCUAUGGGAAAAUGCAGGAAAUGAGAAGCUCAUUGGCGUUCACUGCACUAAUGGAAUUAAUAGGACUGGCUACCUUAUAUGUAGAUACCUCAUAGACGUUGAAGGCUGGGAUCCAGAGGCAGCAAUCCAAGCUUUUGGUGAUGCCAGAGGUCAUCGCAUGGAUGGUCUGGUGUAUCUCACAGACCUCAGAACACAACCAAUGCGAAGUAACCUUGGAAUGGAUGUAUGGGAUGCAGAUGAAGAUAUUAUUCCCCCACCACAUGCAAUGGAAGGACCUGCAGAGCGGUUCCCAAAUGAAGAUUUUCAGGGGUCUGGGAAAAGAUUAAGAAUUUAUGACGACCACUCUCACAAUGAUUUGCAAGGACAGAUACAGUUGAGAGAUUUUGACUUCAUUAAUAAGGAGCCUGGACAAAGACGAAGACCAUUUCAUGACCACCAAGCUCAGGAUGAAUCAAGAGCGUCAGUGCAGAUGAGAAACUGGGACUACAAUCGGGGACCAGAACAGAGACAAAGACCCUUUAGUGAUCACCAAUUUUAUGAUGAUUAUCAAGAAGACACACAGCUGAAGGACCUAGACUUCAGUAACAAGGGCCCUGGACAAAGUUUGAGACCUUUUCAUGGACACCAGUUUUGUGAUGAUUUACAGGCAGAAAGACAGUCGAGGGACAUUAACAGAGGCCGUGGACAAAGGCAGAGAUCUUUUCCUGAUCAUCCAUUUCCUAAUGAUUUGCAGGAAGACAGGCAGUUAAAGGAUUUUGAUUUCAGUAGCAGGGGCCAUGGCCGGAGACGAAAACUGUUCCAUGACCACCAAUCUCGUGAUGAAUUUCAGGCUCAGAUGCAGUUAAAAGAGUUAGAUCCUGUCAGCAGAGGUCCUGGCCAAAGACUAAGAUCUUUCCAUGACUAUGAGUCACAUGAUGACUUAAAGCCACAGAUGCAGUUGGGAGAUUUUGAAUUUGUUAAAAGGGGUUGUGGGCAGAGGUUGAGGCCUUUCAACGAUCACCAGCCUCACAAUGACUUACAAACAGAGAUGCAGCUGAAAGAUUAUGAUAAUAAAGGCCCUGGACAAAGGCGCAGACCUUUUCAUGACCAUCAGCCUUAUGAUGGCUCACAGGAGAAGAAUCAGUUAAAAGAUUUUGAUUAUGUUAAUAAAGGACACGGACAAAGGCCAAGACCUUUUCAUGAUCAUCCAGGUCAUGAUGACUUGCCACGUGAAUGGUGUUCAGACAGAAGUCAAUCAUUUUGUUCCCAUGAAAAUGUAGCAGAACCUCAUUUCUCCUCAUCUCCUUCACUUCACAGAGAUUAUGGGUCAGAUAAUGAUGACUUUAACAGAAAUUACAGUAAUCGACCAAACUGUCCUGAAGACAAUAGGAGAAUGCAUCCCUCAGAGGAAAUUAGUAGAGGAAAAAAUAGAUUUGCACCAUACUCUUCACAAACAAUGCACCCAUCUUCAUCUGUACACCAAGAAGAUAGUUCAAUAAACUAUGAAAGAAAACCUUUUCAAGGUGAAACUCCCAGAAAGAUGGAACAGAGAAAAAGAUUACCAGUUGUAACAGUUGAUUACAAUUAUGGUCUGCCACUAGACUGUGGACCUGAAGAAGAGAAAUCACAUUAUGAUUUACCGCCACGAGACCACUUCAACUGGAACUGAACAAGAAGGACAGUGUUUGCUCAGCUUGCUCAGAUUUACUUUUACCCAUUUUCCUUUGUUUGUGGACCAUUUCUUUUUUUUAAACAAAUUAGUUAAAUGCAAAUUUCAGUAGUAGAGAACUGGUCUCCAUUGUAAGAUUAGCUUCUACUGAUGUUUGGUUCUUUAGAUUUAUUAAGGUGUAUUUGUUAAGUGUAGUUGGAGACAAGGUCUCGGUACACGUGGAAUUAAAGUAGUCCUUCCUUUUAGUGAAGUUGGAACCCUGUACCUUAAAACAAACAACUUUCUCAGUGUUUGUGGUUGUCUUUUGUUUUGCAGUUUUUCAAAAUGUAUGUGAUUUCCAGGUGCAAAAGUCAUAAUAAAACACUGCAUUAUCAGGUAGAGUAAUUGAAAUUAUAGGAAAAAUACUAAGAAAUGGACAAAGCAAAGUUAUGUUCAGUUCCUCCUUUCAUUUGAAAACAGCAGUUUAAAUUAUUGCUAUCAGUCACUGCAGCAUUGGAGUUUAAUUCCAUAUUUUGUGUACCAUCAACUGAACUGACCUAGUUGCACUCUUUUUCACAGCAGAAUUUUCCCAGAUUGCUAAGAACAUGGAAGUAAAUGGAGUUUGAAUACUCUAAAUGCCAGACUUGCUUUUCAGUAAUCUGAAUACCCAUCCUGAUUGUAUCUUUUUUCGUGAUCCCAUAGGGUAUCUAUGUUUCAGAAUAGCCCACUGCAGGUAAAUUUAACCGAUUUCUCAGCAACAAAUCCGGAUGAGGUGGGUCGUGGAUCGUCAGCUCACCUGUCUCAACUGGCCAAGGCCACUGGUGCCUAUAUACUUACACCUCCUUGUUUGUCAGUCAGACCUGUCUUACUCUCCAGCUCUGUUUUUCACUAGUUUCUUCUUACAGCACAGCAGAGCAAUGUAAUCAGAAUAAAAGAAUAACUUCUUCAGGUGAGAUCCUUUUAAUAGUCAUGUGUGGAACAGUCUCCUCUGAACUGCCUCUUCAGUGAGUCUCACAGAGGUAGGGCAACAGUAAUGCACAGUAUCACCAACUGCUCCUACUGUGGAUAAAAAAAUCGGUUCAUAGGAUGGAAAACAGUAUUACUGUAAUACUUAAGUAAAUUUUAAAACUUUCAUUUUUCAUUAUUAUUACAUUUUAAUUGUUAUUUUAAAAGGCAUCUCAAUAAAUAAGGAUAAAGGCAGACCAUUAUAUUAAGGUAAUUAAAAUGAAUGCAAGAUAGUUAAGUCGUACAGUUAAGACACUCAAAAGCAGCAAAGCUGCAAAGCAUCAAGCAAGAGGGUGUAGGUAUACACUGGAAAACUGCAAAAAAACCCCUGUGUUCAUAGCCAGAACCCACAAAGCUUUUUUGUCUUUUAGCAGCAGUGUAAAACCAAGAUUUCUGAAUUCAUGGUUCUGUACUAAAAAAGACCUAGAUUUGAAACGUGUGGAAUAUCUUGCAACUCCUGUUGUUUUUGUAACCCAGCAAAAAGUUCUCCAAGUCAAAGGAUUCUGUAGAUACAAAUUCAAACUGCAAAUGCUUCAUUGCCUGUGCAACUGGUAGAACAACUUUGGCUUUGUUCAUUGUACAAAGUAAAUAGUUUUCUCGUUUUCACAGCAGCUAGUCAAUUGUAUUUCCCAUUAAGUCUCUGAUGGUGAGCUUCAUUCAUGUGAUCUCAGGAAUGAAGCUCUGUCUAUAUAAACUUGUUGUGGAACUGAGCACUAAAUGUUAAGAACAGGCAUUUGUUCUUUCACUUGCCUUUUUUUUCUUUCUUAAUGAGGAGUGAGUUGAGAAUCUUUAUCUAGGCUUCUUUAUUUGGAAGCAAGGAAGAUAUGCAACAUGGGCUACUAUAUUGCUAGAUCCUUUAAAAAAAGUCAACAAAAACCCCCACCCUUUCUGGUACUCCCCAGCAGGGCCCUAAGAAUUAGAGACUGAUAUUGGAAGCAUUUGGAGGGUUUUUUUGUACCGUGUAUGCAGUAUUCAUAAAGUGAAUAAAGAGCAGCAAAUAUUUGCCCUUCUUAUUUUUGUUUUGGGGUUUGUUAUUUAGGAUUCAAGUGACCCUCCAGUCAAUCCUUUGUUACUUGAGACUGGAAAGAUGAAAAGCUGAUGCACUGGAAAGCUCAGAGCAAGAAGAAAGAAACGUGGCAUAAGGAGUUAGGAUCAGCACUAGCUAUUACUAGCCCCUGUCAGUUCCUGCAGGACCCAGGGAGAGUUCAGAUGCCAACACUCUGAUGGUAUUAUUCCUGUUAUCUGACAAAAGAAAUGUCACUUUCAUACCUAUGUUGGAUUUCUCUUUUCAAAGAACAUUAAUAGACACGUUUCCACAAAUGGGUUUGGGAUGACUAUAUGAAAAUAGACAUAGUUUUGUUUGUAUAUUUAUUUAUGUAUUUAUUUAGAAUUUAGGAUAAGGUUUUUCACCCUAUUGUUCCUAAUGAAAUUAGGCAGAGCUAAGCCCACAUAAUACAUUACAAACUCCAACUGACAUUUAUCUCAAAUUCCACAGCUGAUUCAUCACUGUAUGUACUAUUUAACUGCUAAUUGAAUCCACAUGGUGGAGAAUGAAAUUAAAUGAAAUAAAAUGUUUUCUUGUUUUGUAAA